GUUUUCGUUCUUAAUUUAAUGCAAUUUUAAUACGCUUUCCAUAUACAUAGAAACGAAGUCCUUAUUUCGCAAGUACCUAAACUGCACUCUACAAAAUUCGUGAUAUCUUCAAGCUGUGGGUCACAGUUUUGCUCUUAGUAUUAAGCUUACAAUAAUGGUUGUGGAUUUGCUACGACCGGGUGGAAUGCCCGGAAUAUCCACCGACAAGAUGCUAUGGUUUGAGUUUUUAUUGAAUCAGAAACUUUUGCAAGAGCAUCUUCAAAACCCUAACCCAGAGCCCUCUGCUACGGACUUAAUAGCAGAAUUUCUAACAGUGGAUGUAAGCAAUGGCAUUCAGGACGGUCCAAACGCUUCGGAGCACACAUCCAUGUCCAAGUUGCAUAGUCAACCAAAUAUUUCAAGAAAACAGCUUGCACUUAAAAUACUUGCCCUUAAAAUUGCUUCGGCUCUUAAAUGGAAAUUAGAUACUUUUGAAACUAAACUAACACCUUCCAUACAACAGAAGCUACUGCAAGAUUUGGUUUUUAUGGCAUCUGAUGGCAAGUUCCCUGUUCCCCCUCAGGAGAUCUCGAUGGAUAUAAUUCAGAAGCCACAAAUGCAGUUUGCAUUGACUUUACAUCAUAGAUGGAUCUUAAGAUAUCCUGUAAAAGCAACUUCUAAAGAAAAGUUUGCGAAGCCUCCUUUUUCAUGCAUCCCUAAUACUCCACUUCAAAUAGGGUACCCUCAAACCAAAGAAGUAAAAUCAUUGAGGAUUAGUGAAAAUGACUGCAUUCAAAGCAGAAAAUAUUUAGAGAAAGUCAUUGCAUAUUAUGAUUCUCAAGGGAACAGCAACAAAGCACUACAAAUCAGAGUCCCAGUUAUGGACACUUUUACACAUCCAACUGAAGAUAUGCAUAACAUGGCCCAUAAUUGGGAUAUUGGUGUUUGUAUCACCCAGUAUGAGCUUUUAAUGCAAAUUCAUUUUGAUCUCUGUUACAAUUACUUUUUCUAUGGACAACUUGAGGAAGCUAAGAAACAUAUUUUGGGCUGCAGAAAAAACCAGAAACUUCUUGAAUUUGAAAUCAAAAGUAAAGGUUAUGGUAAUGGAGAGUAUGAUACUAUUUCAUGGGGGAAUUUAAACUAUGCAAGUCUCUCAGAAGAUGAAAUUAUUGGUUACAUUAGAGCUCUCAAUCUGGGCCAAGAUUUGUUGGAUGAAGAGCGGUCUUUGUUACAAAGGCUUCAAGAAUCAAUUUCUAAUGAUUACAAAGACAUAAUUGCUAUUUUCCAAGCAGAUAAUUUAUCUAGAGAUAUACCAAUGAUCCAUAGACAGGUUGUAGAAUUAGAUAUACAAGCUGCUGCUUUGAUCAGUGCUAUAUCGGUACCCAAAGACCUGCUGAUUCGUGUGACAGCAUUAAACGCAGUUAGAUAUGCUCUUGAUGGUGGAUUGCCAUCCACUCAACCAGAUUUUCUAAAUAAAUUCAACACCAUAGGUGAACAGUUUUUCGAUAUACUCUUUUGGGCAUUGACUCCAGUUUUGGUGUCAAGAUUAUCCGAAGAAGACUUGAAUAGGUUGAGGAUAUUUUUUCUCCAUUUAACCACUUCGUAUCAAUGUAGAUUGCCUAUAGAUAGGAUAGACGAGUAUUUGGAGAAGUAUGUUGGUGAUCGAGCUUUGGAAAUUCGAUCAAAGCUAAUUAGCGAGAAGCAGUUGGAAGUUCUAAGAAGAGAUCAGAUUAAUAGUGACGACAAAAAUAUGGACAUACCUAGCGAGUUGCUGACAAACAAUUGGGAUGUGGCUGAUUUAGUAUACAAUGCGCCUGUGUUGGAUAUAGGGCGGCUGAAGAAGCGGCUCUUAGAGGUGUCCAGCACGGAAGAUGUACGAAUGUCUUUGGUAAAGCUGGCGACAUUGUCACCUUCAUUGCCGUUAUGGAAGCAUAAUCUCUAUUGCAAGCCUAUCGGAAACCUGAAAGUUCCAUUAAAGGCACUCCCGCGAGGGUUCUUGCAGGAUUUUAUCGGGGUAAUGUCUGGUGCAGCGCGGGCGCGGUGGGAAGCCGGUGAUGCUCGUACUGCUCUCUCGCUCUUGUCAGUAGUCGAGAGCGAGACGCGUAAUCAACUUGCUGCUGGCAACGAUCCUGCUUUGUUCAAGCUGUGUCGUGAAAUAGCCUGGGAGAUGCUUCUGCUUGAGGUCGAAGUAAUGUUGUCGGAAUGGCCGCACCAUCGAGUUAACUCCACUCUGCUGACCAAUGAGUGCAAAGCGGCUAUCUCCGCUGCUGAGAGGGAUGUGGACGCUCCAAGCUCACAGGUGGUGUUGGCAGCGUGGCUAGGUGUGCUGAACAUGGGGGUGUGGCAACAAGUCACAGGCCCAGGCGCAAGUCAAAGGGCGGGUGGGACGAAUGCCGCCGAUGUUGCUGCCGCGCUGUGCAUUGCGUGUGCUGAGCUGCAACGAGGCAAGGGUGCGCGCAAGUUGCCGCGACGGCUAUGGGACUUCGUUCUGAACACAUUCGACAAUUCUAUCAGCCAGCGGAAGCGUUUCACAUACACAAGCCGUCACAUACCAAACUACGCGAACCGCUUCCAGAAUCUCAGCCCCUACCAAGUCGUCGCCCAAGGUUUAAGAGACCCGCUCGCAAUCAGCGUAUUUCUAUCACUUCUCGCCAAAAUAUAUAAUGUUCUUGUUGACGACCCUUCCUCGGAACUUCUUGUGGAAUACACAGAUCUCUGGCCGAAUCAUAUUGCAAAUAUCAAUAGUUACAAUCCUAAGGAUGUUUUGGAGUCGCUGAUUGAGCUGCUGGAGAGGAGUUUGAAGUUCUACCCCUACAAUACUUCGUGGUUACGACUGUACGGCGACGCAGAGAUAGCAGCAAGCCGCCACGCCGCCGCGCUUCGUCACUACCUAUGCGCACUGACUGCCGGGUCCGAAUACUUCAGUUCGAAGGCGCGUAACGAGGACGACAUAGUGAAACGAGCGGCGGGCUGUUGUCAAGUGCUGGCUGCUCCGACACAGGCCGCCGCUUUAUGCCAGCUGCCUAGGGAGAUUGACUACACGCGUGCAUUCAAGUGCAUCACUGAGAAGAUUACCAACGUGUCGGAUUCCAUGGACGCGUACUACGGGUGCCUAUGGGACGGCACGCUACUCGAGGUUGCCAUAGCAACGCACACACGGCGUGGCGAGGCAGGGCGUCGAGCGCGCGCCAUCACCGCCAUCGGCUCGCUUGAACUGAACGCUAACAACAGUGAGGAGAUACAGCGAGAGGCUGCUGGGGUUAGACGAGCGCGGCUGCUUCGAGCUCUUACUGAUCAGUAUGUCUGUUAGAUACCUUGUACUACGGCUGCUGUAGGACAGUACUUGCGGUUGCCAUAGCAACGCACGCGCGGCGCCGUGAGGAAGGGUGGCGAGAGGGUACUGCCGUUCGACUAGCGAGGCUGCUUCGCGCUCAUACUGACCAGUAUGUAUCUUAGAUUUCUUGGACGUAUACUAUGGCUGCUUAUAUACUCGAUGUUGUCAUAGCGACGCGCUGCGGUGCUGCUUAAUUAUGCUGUCGGGAUUGAAUUCUAGAGGCGGACAUUUGUUGGACGGCAAGAGAACCCUGCUUUGCGUUCAUACUAAACAGGAGGUAAUACGUUUGCUAGAUUUCUUGGCCAUGUGCUGUGACUGCCUUGGAGUCUACUAUUUGAAGUAAGGCUAGUAAACUACUACCACUUUUGUAACAUUUUAUAAAUCAUUUUAUUACGCUUUCUACGUAUGGCAACACUAACUAUAUAUGUAUUCAGUGUUAUUAUUUAUUAAUAUGUAAGAUUAUCUAUUCAA